AUGCACUUUUGGGACUGUACAGAGGAUAUCUUUGACAAGACGUACUACGGGGCCAUGCCGUCUCGACCCCUGACCGUAGACCUUGGACAUCGAGAGCACUUGAUCAAGUGCUCCAGCAGUAUUUCAGAGCCCGAGAGCACCAUUAUGCCAAACCAAGAUAUGGGCGUGGAUCAAAUAACGCAGAUAACAGAGCCUGGGUUGGACCAUGAUGACGGCCUAACUGAAAUGAGCUGGUUAUUGGCCGUCACUUUAAUCUCUACCGACCCUCGUCCCUGGCCCUUGGUACGUGGAACCCAGGAAACCUGGCCUAUCAAAGGAAACACCAUCAUCAAGCAACUCCCUGGGAUGAGAGGCAUCAAGCUCAAUAUCGCGACAGAAAACUGUAGCAACAAGGACUCGAUACUUCCGGAGACCUACAUCCUGAUGAAGUCCUACGGCAACGGCUUUGUGGAGAGAAAGAUAUUCAUUUGUAGGGGCGAUUCCGAAGCUGGUGAAAUGGAUAGCGUUAUGGAAUUAGUCCGGCGAAAGACAGAAUUGGAGAUGUUUGGGGAGUGA